AUGAUCUCUGCGGUCCUCGUCCUGUGCGCUUUGGCGAGCGGGUGCUGGGGCAGGCCCACCCUCGGCUACUUGGACAACGGAUUUGCUGAGGAGAACGACUCGGAGGAGGUGCGCUCGGAGGCGCUGAAGAGGCUCUUGGAGGUUUUUGGAAUGGGAGACGCGCCGCACGCCCGAGGCCUUCACAAGCAGCCCCCCCAGUACAUGCUGGACCUCUACAACACCAUCGCGGACGCGGACGGCGUAACGAAAUACCCCGACUUGCUCGAAGGAAACACGGUCCGCAGCUUCUUUGACAAACUUCACAGCGAACAAAUCCAGUUUAUGUUCAGCUUGUCUACGGUCGCGAAGACAGAGAAGGUCCUGACGGCGGAACUUCACCUGUUCAAACUCCGACCACAGUCUUCCGUCGUAUUCAGCAAACAGCACUUCUGUCAGGUGAGUGUCUACCAGCUCCUGGAUAACAGCAAAUUGAACAUUUCCCAGAGCAGGAAGCUGCUGUCUUCAAGACUGCUUCCUGUCCACACCACUGGCUGGGAGGUCUUCUCCAUCACACAUGCAGUUCGGUCCUGGAUGGCCGAAGAAGGCAGUAACCUGGAGUUGAUGGUGGUGGUCCGAACUCUGGGGGGCAGCCAGAUGGACGCGAAGCUGGUGCGCUUCGCCUCGGGCCGGAGCCACCACCAGAGCAAGCAGCCCAUGCUGGUCCUGUUCACCGACGACGGCGAGCGGGAGGCAUCCCUGGAGCACACUCUGCAAGAUCUCGAUAAGGACUCGGCUCUCCCCAGCGUGCCCCAUGUGCAGAGCCCCGCCGGUGCCCGCAGUGCCCGCUCCCUGGGCGAUGAAGACAGCCUGGCCUGCAAGCGCCAGCCCCUGUACGUGGACUUUGAGGAGAUCGGCUGGUCCAACUGGAUUGUCUCCCCCCGGGGCUACAACGCCUACCACUGCAAAGGGUCCUGCCCCUUCCCGCUGGGCCAGAACAUGCGCCCCACCAACCACGCCACUGUGCAGUCCAUCAUCAACGCCCUCAAGCUCACCAAGGGGGUCAACACUCCCUGCUGCGUGCCCGACAAGCUCUUCUCCAUCAACUUGCUGUACUUCGACGACGACGAGAAUGUGGUGCUCAAGCAGUACGACAACAUGGUUGCUGGGAGCUGUGGGUGUCAUUAGAUGAGGUGUGGGGUACCCACUGAUACUGACAAACAUCGGAAAGCCUGACCCCACGAGGAAGGCAAUGAUGAACUCCACCUUCAGCCUGAGGCACGAUGACAUUUCUUACUGGCAUGUAGGGAGAUAACCUGACUGACUGUGCUCUGGGUUGGCACAGUGGCCCUAGGGUGAGCGUUGCUGCUGUGCAGUGCAGUGUUCUCCUGUGUUCGUGUGGGCUUCCCCUGGGUGCUAUGAUUUCCAGUCCAGCGACAUACUGGUCAGUUAAUUAGGUUAUGGGAAAAUUGGCCCUGCUGUCUGUGUCUGCUGUGCAAUGGACAGGCGUCCUGCCGAGGGUGCCCUGCACCUGUUGCUGGUGUAACGGAUCUUUGG